GCUGGAAUCCUGACGCUCAUUAUCUCAACAUAAUUCUUGACGGAGCCCAGUGAGAUACCGGACACGCUGCUCCACUGGAAGACUAAUUAAUAAUCACCAAUGUCUAGCCGGGAUUAGCGCCCGCAAUGCACGCCUGCCUGCAGAUUUCGAGAAUGAUUUUUGAGGAAGUGACACAGGUCACGAAUAGCGUCGUACGGCCAUCAUAUACCACUCUGUACCACCUGGCGGUGAUAUGUCAAGCUUUGCGAGGACCGGCACUGGAUGUCCUAUGGGCGCACAUACCAACGCCGGACGUGCUUUUCCUGUGCCUGCCUCAGGACGCUCGAGGCUUCUCAAACCCUUGACCGAUGAUGAUCGGGCUACCUUCCAAAUGUAUGCGCGUUGCGUGCGCUCGCUCACUUUCGAAAAAUAUGAUGUCGAAUCCUACAGCAUGAUGAGAGGUCAUAGGCUGCACGAUAGUGCUGCGCUUACUCUUCUGAGCACUUCUGCUUCGUCGCCCCUGCCAUUUCCUCUACUCUGUGGGCUGUACUGGUAUGACAAGCGUGAUGUGCUUCUGCCUUGCCUGCAGCGCUGCAUUUCCACAACUCUCACUCGACUAGCCAUUCAUUCGGAGCUUUGGCCAUCAGCAAUGGUCGAUCUCGUUGCAGGCCUGGGCAAGGCUUGCCCCAAGAUCAAAGAAUUUCGUUGUUCGAUGCCGACCGCUAGUGCAUGCGCCAUGUUUCCUGGUUUCGUCACCUCCUGGGAUGAUUUGGAGAUCUUAGAGAGAGAGACAGUGGAUGCGCAGGCAUUGCAGCAUCUUGCGUCCUUGAAGAAGCUGAGGGAGCUAAGUAUACUCGUGCCGGAAGGUCACAGCCUGGACCUGGACCCGACAUCGACGUUCAGCAUAACUGCUGCAAGUACCGAGCUGCUUCUCGCUUUUUUGGCUCCCUUGCAAAUUUCCGCGAAGAGUGCGCAUUUGAACAUUGACACAGCUUUAGGCGUGUUUUAUCUCGACCAACUACUUUCAUCCCUCGCAGAGCACUUCAAUCCUAACGUUUUAGAAUCGUUGGAUGUUGGGGUGGAUCGCCCCACUGACCCUAGCAAAUACGCCCUUUUCGAACUGGCUGCUUCCGCUUUCCGAAAUAUCCGGGCCUUCACAAGGCUCAUCAAUCUCAAUCUCAGUUCGAUGCAUGUCUCUAUCGCCGAUGCCGCGAAGUUCUAGACCUUGUUUCCGCUUGGCCAAAAAUGGAACGUCUUUACUUUGACACGGCCUGGGACUGGGGAGUUGCCCACUUGAAAGUGACGUUUCGUGGGCUUGGGGGCGCUGUCCAAAUUUGCGCUCGGACCGUCCAAGGCCUAGGCCUAGGCCAAUCCCUCCGAUCAGAGUCA